AUACUCCGCUGACAACACUAAAAACUACACUGGAUGCUACAGCAUGUGAGCUUUGUCGAUGCGCUGAUUAGUGUUCCACUGCCGCGGUGACUGUCGAAUGGCUGCUGCACAGUCCAGAUCCACCCCGCCCCAAUGCUUAAUCAUACAGCUGUGUCGUCAUGUUAGAAGAAAGCACCCUCUAAGCUGCUGAAAUGUCAGCCACGCCCGCGGACUACACUCUGUCAACAAGCUUUGCUUCCUAUCAACUCCAAAGCGAAUACUUGCUUCUUGAAGAGCCGCGGACAAUCUCCCGAUCAUGGCAGACCAGACACUGAAGACGCUGCAUCCUUUCCUGCAAGAGAACACCUCCACCGUCUCCUCAGGCGGCCAUGUCAAGAGCUAUUCCCAUGACCUUGGCUCCGGUCCUAUCUUCGUAUGCGUCCAUGGCUGGCCUCAAAGCAGCUACAUGUGGAGACAUGUCGUCUCUGAACUGAAAGACACCAUCUCUCUCUUCGUGCCCGAACUCCCCGGCUACGGCUUCUCCUCCCUCCCUCCCAAACAUGACAAGCGCACAGUAGGCAACCUCAUCAUCGAAGCUCUGCAACAAGUCUUCUCCAAAGAUCGCCCCGUAAUCUGGUGCGGCCACGACCGCGGAGGCAGAAUCGGCCACCGCCUAAUCGUAGACAACACCCCCUCCCACAACAUCAUCUCCGCAAUCCUCAUCGACAUCGUCCCCACAAAAGAACAAUGGGCCGCCUUCUCCAACCCCGCCGCAAGCGCAGCCUACUACCACUGGCCUUUCCUCGCCUUACCCACAGCCCCUCAAAUGAUCGAAGCAAUGGGUAGUGGCGAAUUCACAAAAAUCAACCUCGAACGCGCCAAAGGCGCCGCCGAAGCCGGGGUAUCCAAAUUUAGAGAAAAUGACGCGGUAGGGCAUUAUUGUCAUCAAUUCUCGAAUCCGGAAUGUGUGGCGGGGAGUUGUGGGGAUUAUUCUGCGGGGGCGUUUGAGGAUGUGGAGGAGCAGACGAAGGAUCAGGAGAGUGGGAGGAAGGUGGGGAUUCCGUUGAUGGUGGUUUGGUCGGCGAGUAAUUUGGGGAGGAUGCAUGAUGUGCCUAAGGUGUGGAAGGGGUGGGUGGAGAGGCCGGAGGAGGUGAGGUUUGAACCUGUGGAUGGGGGAUUUGGGCAUUAUUUGCCGGAGGAGUGUCCGGAGAGGGUGCUGCCGUUGUUUAAGGAGUGGAUUGAGGGGAGUGGGAAGUAGUGAACGAUACGUGUGGAGGGUUAGCUCGGUAUAUGAUGGCUUGAAGCAUUUUUGAGGUGCUCAAAACAAGAGUCAUUAGCUGUCGUUAGACAUCGG